ACCUUCCAACAUUCUGUGUGGAAAGGGAACUUGUUACCAAAACACACUGUCUCAGACCAAGCUAUAUUCCCUGCGUUGCUUGCCGAAUCUCAUGCAGUGAUUGGCGAACCCUAAUUGCGAUUCUAUGCUUACUUAGAUUAACGUGUGCAUUUUAACUUGGGCAAUUCUGAUGCUUUUGGAAUUCUGGGUCCAGAACUUGGUUAGCUACACCAUCUGAAGUACCUGUACGGUCUUGAUAACUGUAUCAGAAUUUUACAGUUGUAUGCAUUUGAUAGGUUAAUAGAGGUCUAGGGGCACUCUCUUCAAUACUCUAUUCUCUAACAAGUUUUCAAUACACAAGCCAUGAUUAUGUUACAUCCUUUUGCACCUCUUCCUUCAUGCACUACCAUUAAAUGCUCUAAUACUUUUUCCCAUAAGAAUCCCUUGGUGCCUUCAUCAGUUCCUCUGCUAGUCCCAAGUUAUACUAGAAAGUGGACAUUCUUAUGUAGUGGUAGAAGUCGACGAGAAGAUUUGAAUGGUAGGGAAUUUGGUAUAGACAUCAUUAAGGAAGAUCAGGAGCUUGAGGAGGAUGAUGAUGAUGAUGGUAAGUUUUCGGCUCAAGAAAUGUAUGCAAGAAGGGAAGCAAGGGAAAUUGAUAAAGAAGUGCAAGAAGAUGAAGAUGAAGAUGGUGGUGGUGGAUAUUCGGGUCAAGGACCACAUGCUGGUAGGCAAGAGAAGGAUUACGAUAGAGAUCCAGAAUUUGGUGAAAUUCUUGGUGAUUUUCUCGAGGAUCCCAAACAGGCACAAUCCAGAUUGGAAGGGAGAUUGCGAAAGAAGAGGAACAAAAUACUGCACACAAAGACUGGAUCAGGAAAACCAAUGAAAGUGUCAUUUAACAAAUUUGAUUUCUCAAACUCCUAUAUAUGGUUUGAAUUUUACAAUGUUCCACUGGCAAAAGACAUCUCCUUAAUUUGUGAUACUAUUCGAGCAUGGCACAUUAUCGGACGUCUUGGUGGAUGCAAUGCCAUGAAUAUGCAAUUGUCACAGUCUCCACUGGAUGCCCGGCCAAGUUACGACUGUAUUCAGGGAGCUAACGUGGAACCAACUACAUUUUACAACAUUGGGGAUCUUGAGGUUCAAGACAACUUGGCUCGAAUAUGGGUGGAUAUUGGAACCAUUGAACCAUUGUUUCUGGAUGUUUUGAUAAAUGCAUUGACACAGAUAAGCUCCGAUUUUGUUGGGAUCAAGCAAUUAAGGUUUGGUGGAGAAGAAUUUGAGAAUUGGAAUGACAAUUUGAAUUCAGAGGAUUCAGGUUAUGGUGUUCACAAGAUCUAGCCACUUUUCUUGGCUUAUGAGGAUUUUGGAUUGAGGUCAAUGAAGAGGAAGUCAUGAAAUGCAUCUCUUUGGGUAUCAGUAACUGUAAGACUGAACAGAAAGCAGAGUUGUAAGCAUUUCCCUUGGCUGUAUAUUUGAUUUAGGCAACUGAAGCUCAUGGAAUUUGUGGGGAAAUGUUUCAAUAAAAUCGAAGCCGAAAUAUAUGGCUAUUUGGCGAAGUGUACCUAUUUUAAUAAAAAUUACUGGUUCUAAGAGUUUUGCAAUUUUGAACGAUAAUGCUAACUGAAUAAUCAAGUUGUGCAUCAGAGACUCAUUUUAAGUUUGUUGUAAUGACAUGAUCUAACAUUCUUUU